GAUUUGGUCUAGUCCCUAAAUCUAGUAUCUGGUGUUUUGGUUUUCUUAUUAGACAUCGACCUCAUUUCAAGACAACUGUGCAUGGUUUCAAGUUAUUGAUCAAGAACAUAUAAGCUACUGAAAUAAUAUAAAUACGGCAAUUCUGAAGAAUCCUUGUAUGCACAUGAGGUCGUACAGUCAUAACAUUUAACAGUAACAAAACUCCUCACGAUCUCGAAAACUAAGUACAUUAACAAACCAUAAAUUACCUCUUGAUUAGUGCAACUACCGUCCCCCACCGACCAAUCUUGGUUUCCUUCACUAUAUUACUAACUCAUAUGCCAUGUCAGAUGCACGUGCUCCCUCAUAUUUGAUUUCGAUCAACCUUGAUUUCUCCCUAUAAAUACCAACGUACCUCUCCCUUGAAUCGUAUCCAUGAUCAAAUCUGAAAGUACUAAUCACUAUCACUUAUAUUGUUCAAAGCUUUUUGUUACUAUGUAGGUUUUCUCUAUAUUUUUCAUUCGCUAGAAUUGGCACUAUACAAUGGCCGAGAAGCACCAGAAAGAGCAUGAAAGUGAGACUGCCGAUACCGGAUGCGGGAUGUUUGAUUUCUUGAAAAAGAAAGAAAACGACAAGUCCCAGCAGCCUCAAGAGGAUGUUGCCAAGAAAGAUCAUCAUCACCAAUCUCACGAUGCUGACUCUAGCUCGUAGUGACGAGGAAGAAGGGAAUGGAGAGAAGAGAAAGAAGAAGGGGCUCAAGGAUAAGAUCAAGGACAAGAUUUCAGGCAAAAAGGAAGGGGAACAUACUGACGAUGUUCAUGCUACAGAGAAGAAAACUGACAAUCACACUGCAAAUACAGAAGCAGCGAAUUCGGAGGAGAAGGGAUUUUUAGAGAAGAUCAAGGAUAAGCUUCCGGGACAGCAUAAGAAGGCCCAGAAUCAUGGCGCAUCUGCUGACUGUGGUGCAGAAGGCCACAAGUGCCAUGAAGAUGACUCCAAGGAUAAAAGGGAAUAUUUGAAAAGAUUAAGGAGAAGGUGCCUGUUGGCCACAAGGAAGAGGAGAAGACCAAGGAAAACUACUAAACUAGAUUAAUGUCAUCCAUGAGUAUCUUUGUCUAGGCUACUGAUGCAUGUUUCUUUUGUGUUCAUAGAACUAUUUUAUGUUCUAGGAAGAAAAAUGCUUCAUGUGCUUGUAUUAAACCUCUAAGUUAGUUUUUUUCUCAUUACUAAUCUGGUAAUGUAUUUCUACUCUGCUUUAUACAUGUUAGUCAGAUUAAUCAACAUUUAUAUGUUUCGAUAAAACAACAAAAUGUUAUUUGUAACAGCUAUUAUUGUUGGUUGUUUAAUUUAAUUGGUCACAUUUUAUUCAUGAA